AUGUAUCAACGAUGUGUAGAAAACUAUCCAAACAAUUGGGACAAGAGUUGUUUACAACAAAAGCGAGCUUUAACCAAAUGUUCAGAAGAAAAUGUGGGUAUCCUCAAAUUUGUCAAACAACAUUGUACCAAACCCAUUAUGGCCUAUGACGAAUGUUUAGCUGCCAAUCCUGACGAUCCUGAAAAGUGUGUCAAGGCUUUGAAGGAAUUAUAUUUUUGUACUGAAGCAACUUCUAUUGCGUAUCGUGAUCAACAAGCAAAGAAAAAACAAGCAAAGGAACAAGACAAAAAGGAAGAGAAAAAGGAAUAG